AUGGCUCCCCGGGAGAGAGGCGCUAAGGUGCUGGCCCCCCUCCUGCUACUGCUCGCCCUCCUCGGCAGCCCCAGCGCCGGCCUGGAGGUGCAGCACAAGUUCCUCUCGCCCACCUUGACCAACAACUUCGCCCUGGAUGGGCUGGGCAGCAAGAUCUACCUGGCGGCUGUCAACAGGCUCUACCAGCUCUCCGGCCCCAACCUGACGCUGGAGGUGGAGGAGCAGGUGGGCCCGGUGCUGGAUAACCCCCUGUGCCACGCGCCCCAACUGCCCCAGGCCUCCUGCGAGCACCUCAAGGUGGAGACCAACAACUACAACAAGAUCCUGCAGCCGGACCCGGAGCAGGGCAUCGUGGUGGUGUGCGGCUCCAUCUACCAGGGCUUCUGCCAACUGCGCAGCAUGGCCAACAUCUCCGCCGUGGCCGUGAGCUUCCCGCCGGGCGGUGCCGCCGGCGGCGGCGGCGGGGACCCGGUGACCGUCUUCCCCAGCAUGCUCAACAUCGCGGCCAACCACCCCAACGCCUCCACCGUGGGGCUGGUGCUGCGGCCCGCGGGGCCGGCGGGUGGGGGGAGGCCGGACACGCGGCUGCUGGUGGGGGCGACCUACACGGGCUUCGGCAGCCCCUUUUUCCCGCGCAACCAGAGCCUGGAGGACCACCGCUUCGAGAACACGCCCGAGAUCGCCAUCCGCGCCCUCAACGCCCGCGGCGACCUGGCCAAGCUCUUCACCUUCGACCUCAACCCCUCGGACGACAACAUCUUCAAGAUCAAGCAGGGGGCCAAGGCCCGCCACAAGCUCAGCUUCGUCCGGGCCUUCCUGCACCCCGCCCCCCCGCCGCGGGGCCCCGGCGGCGCCUCCUACGCCUACCUGGCCCUCAACAGCGAGGCCAACGCCGGCGACAAGGAGAGCCACUCGCACAGCCUGCUGGCCCGCAUCUGCCUGGCCGAGCCCGGCCGCAACGCCAGCGCCGGCGAGACCAAGAAGCUGACCGAGUCCUACAUCCAGGUGGGGCUGCAGUGCGGGGCCGGGGGCGCCGACGGCUUCACCCGCCUGGUCUCCGUCUUCCCGGCCUCCGCCGCCCUGCAGCUGGGACCCCCGGCGGCGCCCCAGCCCCAGGAGCUGCUCUUCGGGGUCUUCGAGAGAGCCGCCCCGCCGGGGGCCCGCCAGCACUCGGCGCUCUGCGCCUUCCGCUUCGCCGACAUCGAGCGGAGUAUCAGGCAGGCCAGGAACUCGUGCUUCGUGGAGCCGGACUCCGGGCUGGUGACCGUGCUGGACAGCGUGGUGCAGGGCACCGGGCCCGCCUGCGAGAAGAGGAACAUCCAGCUUCAGCCAGAGCAAUUAGACUGUGGAGCAGCCCAUCUCCAACACCCUUUGGCCAUCCUGCAACCCAUAAAGGCAACACCAGUGUUCAAAUACCAGGGCCUCACCUCGGUGGCCGUUUCCAGUGUCAAUAAUUACACCGUUGUGUUUCUGGGCACAGCAAAUGGAAGACUCCUGAAGAUUAAUCUGAACAGUGCCACGAAGAUUAUUAGCAGGAAGUCAGUUUCAGUGGCUUAUGGGGAAUCCGUUCAUCCCAUCAUGCAGUUUGAUCCUUCUGAUUCCAGCUACCUCUAUCUCAUGACUUCCUAUCAGAUGACCCGUGUGAAGGUGGCUGCCUGUGACCAGUAUACAACAUGUACGGAGUGCCUGGCUGCAGCUGAUGCUUAUUGUGGAUGGUGUACAAUGGAGACCAGGUGUUCUCUGCAGCACGAGUGUAUUAAUUCCACUGAGCCAAAUUUCUGGACGAGUGCGAGUGAGGGAGUGCAGCAGUGUCCUUCAAUGACAAUCAUGCCAUCGGAAAUUAAUCUUGACAAUGAGAACAAGGCCAUGAUAAUCCAAAUAAAUGGGAACAUCCCGAGCCUCAGUGGAAUGGAGAUGUCUUGUGAUUAUGGAAAUAAUAUCUACACUGUCGCCAAAGUCCCUGGAAAUGAUGUAAACUCUUUUAUUUAUUGUAAUUUUCUUCCAAGAGAGAAAUAUCCCGCAUUCCCACCCAAUCAAGACCAUGUGAUUGUUCAAACUGCAAUACGGGUCAACGGCAAAAAUAUUGUCUGGGCCAAUUUCACCAUCUAUGAUUGCAAAAGAACUGGAAAUAUUUACCCCAAAACAGCAUGUACCAGCUGCCUCUCGACCAAAUGGAAGUGUUAUUGGUGCACUAAGAAAUACAUGUGUGUCUCCAAUUACUCUGAUUGUGAGGACUCACUAAAGAUGAAUAGCACCACUGACUGUCCACGGAUUGUACCUGCCUCGCUAGAACCGAUGCCCACGGGGGCUUCUCAGGACAUCAUGAUCUCACUGGCUAAUGCUGCUUUCUCCAAGGAUACUGUUCUGGAAUGUCAUUUUGGAACUGACAGGACGUUUGAAGCCAGAUGGGUGAACACCUCCACCGUUCAGUGCAGCAGUGUCCUGCUCCACACAUCAGAAAAAAGCCAUAUCUUCCCGGUAAACCUUCAGCUGAAGGAUAAGCCAGACAGAUUCAUUGACAGUCCACAGAUGAUGACAGUGGAGGUCUAUAACUGUGCAACUGGAAGCACAGACUGUUCUCAGUGCCUGGGGAGAGAGGACAUGGGGCACCGAUGCAUCUGGAGUGAGAGCAGCUCCAUUUGCAGACUAAACACUGAAUCCCCACAGAUCCCAGUCAUGUGUCCUGCUCCGGAGAUUAGGAAGAUUGAGCCCCUGAGCGGGCCCCUGGAAGGAGGAACUCUGCUCACAAUAAGAGGAAGGAACCUGGGCCGUAGGUUCAGUGAUGUCGUUAAUGCUGUCAAGAUAGGGAGUGUGAGAUGUGCACCACUCUGGGACAGAUACAUGGUCUCUGAGGCCAUUGUAUGCCAGACUGGAGAAGCUCCCUCUAUAUUUUCCGAUGUAGUGACAGUUAACGUGAGCAGGGAAGGGAAAUCAAGGGAGCGGUACUCCUAUGUGCUCCCUGAGGUGCAGUCCGUGGCUCCAGGUGCUGGCCCUAAAGCUGGAGGCACCAAAGUAACCAUCAGAGGGAGUAAUCUCAGCGUAGGAUCUGAUCUCCGCGUCCUGGUCAAUAGUACUAAACAGUGCACAAACCUCACUCGAACUGCUACCACCAUCACAUGCACCAUGCCGGCUGUGGAGCUCACUACGGCUGUGCGACUCUGCGUCCAGUUUGAGAACAAGUCUUGCAUCAAUGAUAACAUCACAUUCAAGUAUGAGAGAAACCCGAUUAUAACAGAUAUCAACCCGACAAGGAGUCAGAUCAGUGGAGGCAGGAUCAUCACUCUGGAAGGACAUGGAUUUUUGAUGGUUCAGAAUGUGUCGAUGGUGGUUCACAGCAUCGGGAAAGAACAAACAAACUGUAAGGUUCACACCGACACUAUGAUUACCUGCCCCUCUCCAGCUGCCUCCAACCUCACUGUGGGGAGCAAGCCAGCACCGGUGGACUUCUACAUCAAUGGACGCCUCUACACGGAUGACAGGCUGGCUCCCGAUGAGUACAUGUACCCCGAGGAGGCCCAGCACACCAGCAAGUUCAGCCUGGAGUACUACGCCGACCCCCAGUUCUUCACAGCCAAGAAGGAGAAAUGGAUCAAGCAUCAUCCUGGGGAACCCCUGACUCUGGUUAUACAUAAAGAGCCUGACAACCUAAGCCUGGAAAGCGAUGAGUACCAAGUGAAAAUUGGCCUCCUUUCUUGUGAGAUACAGAUUGUUUCAGACAAAGUCAUUCACUGCUCAGUCAAUGAGUCACUGAGCACAUCAGAAAGACAGCUGCCCGUGACGAUCCAGGUUGGAAAAUUCAACCAGACGAUUGCUAUGCUGCACCUUGGGGGAGGUGAGACAGCGAUCAUAGUCUCCAUAGUCAUCUGCAGUAUCCUGCUGCUUCUGUCUGUCGUAGGCUUGUUUGUGUUCUGCACUAAGAGCCGCAGGGCAGAGCGCUACUGGCAGAAAACCUUGCUCCAAAUGGAGGAGAUGGAGUCCCAGAUCCGAGAGGAAAUCCGCAAAGGUUUUGCUGAGCUUCAGACUGACAUGACAGACCUGACCAAGGAGUUAAACCGCAGCCAGGGGAUCCCGUUCCUGGAGUACAAGCACUUUGUGACACGGACAUUCUUCCCCAAAUGUUCCUCGCUCUAUGAGGAGCGUUACGUUCUGCCUUCCCAGCAGCUCAACUCACAGGUUGGGUGUCAGGUCCAAGAAACUCAUCCCUUGCUGUCAGGAGAAUGGAAAAUUCCUGAAAAUUGCAGGCCCAACAUGGAAGAAGGAAUUGCGUUAUUCUCCACCCUGCUCAACAACAAGCACUUCCUCAUCGUAUUCGUCCAUGCUCUCGAGCAGCAGAAGGACUUUGCUGUUAGAGACAGGUGUAACUUGGCCUCCUUGCUCACUAUUGCAUUACAUGGAAAACUGGAGUACUACACCAGCAUCAUGAAGGACCUGUUGGUGGAUCUCAUAGAUGCUUCAGCUUCCAAAAACCCUAAGCUUAUGCUGAGGAGGACCGAGUCUGUGGUGGAAAAGAUGCUCACCAACUGGAUGUCCAUCUGCAUGUACAGCUUUCUCAGAGAGACAGUCGGGGAGCCCUUCUUCCUGUUGCUCUGUGCUAUCAAACAACAGAUCAACAAGGGUUCCAUUGAUGCCAUCACGGGAAAAGCCAGGUAUACUCUCAAUGAAGAAUGGCUGCUGAGAGAGAACAUUGAGGCAAAGCCAAGGAACCUCAAUGUGUCUUUCCAAGGCUGCGGCAUGGACUCCCUGAGUGUUCGGGUCAUGGACACAGAUACUCUAAGUCAAGUUAAAGAGAAGAUCCUUGAAGCUUUUUGCAAGAAUGUCCCGUACUCCCAGUGGCCAAGAGUAGAAGAUGUUGACCUUGAAUGGUUUGCCACAAGCACUGACAGCUAUGUCCUGCGGGACCUCGAUGACACUUCAGUGAUGGAGGAUGGCAGAAAGAAGCUCAACACUUUAGCCCACUACAAGAUUCCUGAAGGUGCCUCUCUGGCAAUGAGUUUAUCAGAUAAGAAGGACACCACGCUAAGUCGAGUGAAGGAUUUGGAUACCGAAAAAUACUUUCAUUUAGUUCUUCCAACUGAUGAACUGAUUGAACAUAAGAAGUCCCAUAGACAGAGCCAUAGGAAAAAAGUCCUACCUGAGAUCUACUUGACCAGGUUACUAUCUACAAAGGGAACACUGCAGAAGUUCCUGGAUGACCUAUUCAAAGCCAUUCUCUGUAUGCGAGAGGACAAGCCGCCUGUGGCUAUCAAGUAUUUCUUUGACUUUCUGGAGGAGCAAGCGGAGAAAAGAGGGAUCUCUGACCCUGACACUUUGCACAUUUGGAAAACCAACAGCCUACCUCUGAGGUUUUGGGUCAACAUUCUGAAGAAUCCCCAGUUUGUCUUUGACAUCGACAAGACUGACCAUAUAGACGCCUGUCUCUCUGUCAUAGCCCAGGCCUUCAUCGAUGCCUGUUCCAUUUCCGACCUACAGCUGGGCAAGGACUCACCUACCAAUAAACUACUGUAUGCCAAGGAGAUUCCAGAGUAUAGGAAAAUAGUGCAGCACUAUUACAAACAGAUCCACGACAUGCCCCCUCUCAGUGAGCAGGAAAUGAAUGCACAUCUCGCAGAGGAGUCACGGAAAUAUCGGAAUGAGUUUAACACCAAUGUGGCCAUGGCUGAAAUAUACAAAUAUGCCAAAAGAUACCGCACUCAGAUAGUGAAUGCCCUGGACUCCAACCCCACCACGAGACGCACGCAGCUGCAGCACAAGUUUGAGCAAGUGAUCGCGCUCAUGGAGGACAAUAUUUACGAGUGUUGCAGUGAGGCCUAG